AUGGUGAUCUGGCUUGGACAUGAAGGAAAUGCAUGCCCAUGGGAUGAUGAUGUAGGGGAAUCAGCUCUGUUCACUACAGGGGAAGGAGAUUCCAAUGAUACGGAUGCCGAGAGCACAUUGAAUGAACCAAAUGCUGAGCAGAGCACAAAGGAGGCCCAUGACCUACCAACUGGUGUGCUGUUCAUUAAGAACAACAAGGCCAUGAUAACAAUAGUUGACAAGUCCGGAGUACAUACCCACAUCAUCAAGUAUUGCACAUGCCCAGAGGCCGACACCGCUGAUAUACAGUUGUUUAACAUGGAACCAAAGACAGCAUUUACCUUCGAUGUCUUGAAUGACUUCUCACUCGACAACCUGGAGUGCGGGACUUUGGCGAUGAAUUAUUACAGCAAGUUAAGGAGGAUGACCACAAGUGUCUUUCCUCACUUGGUGCUGGACCAUUACUGGGAGCUCAUGAGGGUGGCAAGACAAUGGCAGAAGUUGAAGCUCCUGAAGUGGAAUGGCUUCGGCCAUGAGGAAAAGGAAGUGAGACCUGGCAAUCUAGCCCUCUUUUUUCCGGCAUGUCCUCAGCUGGGAAUUAAUGUCACAUUGCCUGCCAGAGGCACCACUGAGGACAUCAAUGCUAACAAUGGAUCUGGUCAAGAGACUCUGAGUUUGUUAUACAUAAGAUCGCUUGUCAUGGACAGAAACUUCAAAGCCAAGCAUCUUCAUGCCACAAAUCCCGCCGAUGAAGUGUCUCUCAUGAAUGGUCGUGGCUUCAUGGUCGGCAAUGCCUUGUACAAGGAGCAUUUGGCCAUUGCCAAGGAUGCCAUGCAACGCUCAGAGUGCAACAACCACCACGCAGUAAAUUUGGCAAAUGCAUCUCAUCACAGAUUGGAGGCCACCAGCAUCGGCAGAUGCGCAUCUGCGAGGCAUGGCUGUUUUGUCCCGCACGCCAUGGUAGAUUUUCAGAAGGGAGAAAGAUGUGUACAAUCACUCAGACUGUGUGCGUUAUCGCCAACCAUCAACAGACAGAUGAAUAUGGAUUAUGCGCUGUGCGAGGCGUUGAAACUCAACACCAAGGGCAUCCGCUGUGUAUUGACCUUCUAUGAUGUGAACUGUCAGUAUCAUAAGCACCUCCAGGACCGCAUCACCGACAGUCCAUUGCUGAAGAUGCAUGAUGAGCUGGAAAUCACCCCCGGUAUUGGACUUUGGCAUAUCCAUGGCCAUCAAGACAGCUGCUAUGUCAGAUAUGCUUCCAAUUUCAUACAAGGCGCAGCCAGGAUCGAUGGCAAGAUCAUAGAGACAUUAUGGGUGCUGUUAAAUAUAAUCUCACUGGCAGCCUGUGGCAUGGGAACUCCUCACCGAAAAGAAUGCCUGGAUUACCAAAUGAAUGAUUGCAACUUCAUGAAAAUGAUCAGAAUGAUCAAAGAUUGGGAGGCCCAAGAGAGGUUGGCACAUGAACAGUGGCGCCAUGAUCCAAUAGCAAUGGACAUUUAUGAAGUUCAACUGCAGCAAAGCGCUGACCAGAAAACAGCAAGAGUUAAGGUUGUUAACUGGCACAAGGCCGGCGGCUUGGCGAGUGAUUGGCUGAUUGGUCACCGACGUGAUACCCUGCAAUGGGAUAUCGAUCGCUGGACGGCGGCCAGAGCAAUAAUUCUCAGCGAGGACUUAGGCGACAAUGACAUGCAGAUCAUGCAACCAGAUCUGUUAAUACUUCAAGAAGACGCUGAAGAAGAUAUGGACACCAAGCUUAGAGCGUUUGAGCCAGAAAAGGGGGUGAUUCCUUUGCCUUCCAAUUUGGGGCUAGAGAAAUGUGCGGCCCUCAGCAUUGCUGAUAUUGCCGAUCAGGAACUCACGCUCUGGCAAGGUCAGGCGAAUGAUGCCCUGCACCACAUCAGGGUGCAUUUGGCUGACAAGGUGGUCAUUUUCCGGAAGACUGUCAGAGUAGCAAAAUCACAAGUGUUGUCUACCAGAGCUUGGGCUCAAGUUCAUUCAGUGGACAGGGCGGUCAGCAUCAAUGCAAGUAUCUAUUCAAAAUGCCGAUCGCAAUUGUGCAGACUCAGCACAGAUGAUGCACUGCUCAAGAGAUACCAACUGUUGACAAGGGAGCAUCUCAAGGUCAGUACUGCCAUCGCCGAUCCAAAUUCAAGAGGGCAGAGGAACAAUGUGUUAGCUUGGUUUUGGUCUUUGGAUGUCGAAGGGGACUCCGAUAGCAGUGACUGGCUGAAUGAGUGUGCCAUCUCGAAGCUAGCCCAGAAGCAUGGACAUGUGGCAUACUCGGAGAGGCAGUGCAAAAUCUAUCAGCGUCUGUUCGGAGAGGCGAGAGAUUCAUUCAACCGGGCGAAUGGCUGCAUGGCCGCCGGUGUAACACACUAG